AUGUUUCAGAUGGAACAUUUACACCUGGGGGAAAUCCUAGGAGAAGGCAGCUUGGGGCUUGUCUAUGGAGGCCAACGACACGGCCAAGCAAUGGCGGUGAAAAGGAUUAUGUUGACUCACCACGCCAUCCAGGAAGUCGACAUACUCAGGUCCCUAGAACAUCCAAACAUACUAUCCCUGCAAGAGGCCAUCAUUGAGGCAAAUUACCUUUUUAUGGUGAUGCCUCUCUGCGACGAGGACCUCAACGCAUUCCUGCGUCGAGAGGGGCCCAGAAGCCAGCCGUCUCGGUUCUUCCGGGUGAUGAGGCAACUGGCAGCAGCCUUGACGGAGUGUCAUCGUCAGCGGAUAGUGCACCGAGACAUCAAGCCGGCCAACAUCUUACGCCGCCGGUGCCGAUACCUGCUAGCAGAUUUUGGGUUGGCCGAAACGCUUACCACCGCCCAAACCCUGCUCACCGAGCCAGCAGGAACCAUGGUAUACUGGGCACCGGAACAACGAAGACUGGAGCCGUAUGACAAGUCCGUCGACCUGUGGGCGUUGGGGUUAGUGGCCGUGGAGGUGGCGACCGGCCUACUGUGCCGUCAGGGUGAGGAGGAACAGCAUUGGGCCUCAUCCCUGGGCGAAAGAUACCGGGCGGAGAUAGAACGGUUGAGAUUUCCCGUCCGAUGGUACAUCGAGGGCUUGCUCCAGGAUAACCCGUCCCACCGGAGACCUGCUGCACAGUGGGAGUGGCCUGGAACAAAUACCGUACUGUUAGAUGAAAUCGUAGCCCAGCCUGAUACCGGUAUCCACACUAAGGCCAGCACCGCUUCCACCAGCAUCUCCGUUAACGCCACCACCCCAACUGUCACCUGUCCCACAGGAACCACCAGCUCCAGGGAAGACACAGGUUUUAUCAUCAUGGCUAGCAUCCAAGAUCCAGACUCAGCCCAAUCCCCGUCUGUGGUCACCCAGUUUUCGGGCUGA